AUGGAGGCAUAAUUUUUACAAACUCGGUUGAUGUGCCUAUAGUUUAUACUUAAAACUAAUCCACACCACUAAAACGCUUAUCUCGAGCAAAUCUGAAGUAGGAAUGGAAUUAAAUAAAUCGAUACGAUAAAAUCUGGUAUGCAAAACUGAUAUAAAUUCCAGAUUAACCAGUGCUCGUUCAAAGUUGCCUGCACUUACCGGCUAAUAACUGACAAUGUUGUUAACUGUAAUAAUACUAAUUCUAAUCGGUGCUUUGGCAAAUGGGGUACUGUAUUCCAAGUAUGAAGAAGCUCAGUGCGGAUACCAGGCUUGUCCAGCAACUGAUCCGACAAAACUGAACGUCCAUCUCAUCCCCCAUUCCCACGACGAUUUAGGGUGGUUGGAAACGGUGGACAAAUACUUCUACAAAGAGGUGCAGUAUGUUAUAUCUUCCGCAGUAGAGGCUCUAGAGAGAAAUCCAAGCAGAAGGUUUAUUCAAGUAGAAACAGCCUAUUUCCAUUAUUGGUGGCAGUUCCAAGACGAAAGUAUGAGGGAUUCGGUAAAGAAACUCAUUAAUCAAGGCAGGCUAGAAGUUAUAAACGGGGGUUGGAGUAUGAACGAUGAGGCGACCACCCACUACCAGUCCAUUAUUGACCAAUUUACCUUCGGUCACAGAUGGUUGUACGAAACUUUUGGGGAAUGUGGUGUGACGAAAACUGGCUGGCAGAUCGAUCCGUUUGGUCACAGUAGGGAACAAGCUUCGAUUUACUCCCAGAUGGGUUUUGAUUCUUUCUUCAUAAUGCGUUUUGACUAUAGAGACAAGGGUAAGAGGAAGAGCGAAAGGACUUUGGAUUUGCUUUGGAAAGGAAGCGAAAAUUUGGGCAGCAAUACAAACAUCUUCACAAGUGGAUUUUCCGAAGAUACCUACGCCUGGCCUAACAACCUAUGCUUUGACUCGUCCUGUGACAACCACGUGGUCAUGGAUGAGAAGAGUACUGAGUUCAACUUGCAGAGAAUAAUAAACGACUUUACUGGAAUAAUAAAUGAGAGAUCCCAGUAUUAUCCCACCAACAACCUCUUCAUAACUAUGGGCGACGACGUGCACUAUCAAGGAGCUCACAAAGGUUUCAUCAGCAUAGACAGAAUCAUCAGCGGUUUUCAAAAGUAUGAUCCCGCACUUGCUGAUGGCAGAAAACUAAACGUCUUCUACUCUACCCCUUCCUGCUACGCCAAGGCUGUGAACGACUAUGUUGUAAGAGAAAACCAGACUUUGAAUUACAAAACCGACGAUUUUCUACCUUUGGUCACGACAGACUAUAGCGGUUGUUGGACUGGCUUCUUCACAUCGAGGCCCACUUCGAAACGUUUCGAACGCGUUUCGAACAAUGUCUUACAGGCUGCUAAACAACUGACUGCUCUGGCUGGUUUCUCGCGUGACGAGACUUACAGAUUAGAAGACGCUCUAGGUAUAAUGCAACACCACGACGCCAUCACUGGAACGCAGCGGCAGGACGUGGAGAAGGACUACCACAGGCGAUUGCAUGCUGGGAUUAUGGACUCGGUUGUGGUGAUCAGUAGGGCACUAACCUCGCUAUUGAAUUUGGACAAUGACAUCGAUUUGCACUACUGCCCGUUCGCUAAUAUCAGUAUUUGUGCUGAAACUAAGACGGACAGUUUCAAAAUGCUCUUGUACAAUCCUCUCGGAAGGAUAGUGAACCAUUACGUCCAAAUUCCCGUUGAUGGUAACGGUUGGACAGUAACCGAUCCAGAAGGUGCUGUUGUAAAAAAUUCUGUAUACUCCCCAAUACGUAGCUUCAAAUUUGCGUCGGAUGAUUUGGGUAGACCAAUCAGCGACAGUGUCAUGAUGUUCAAAGCGGAAAAUUUACCCCCACUGGGAUAUAAGGUGUAUACAGUAAAAAAAUCCAACACAGAGACAACUGAAGAACAGAUAGAGCAGCCUCAAGUAGCAUAUGAUGAAAUAAGGGCUGGAUAUCAGAAUAACUAUGUGGUUUUAAAUGGUGACACCGGGUUCGUGGACAGAAUGGCCAUAAACGGCUUUGAAAUGAAAGUGACGCCCCAGGUGAUGUUCUACUACAGCGACUGGUCCUCUGGAGCAUACAUGUUCAAGCCCAACGGUUCUCAUAGAGACCCGGUUAACUUUGCCGAUAGAGUAGACAAUCAGAUCAAGACGAGCGAAGUGAGCGUUGAAAUAAAACAAGAGAUGAGGGACUGGGGAAUUAUAACCAUCAGAAUCUACCCUGAUACCGACUACAUACAUAUAGAUUGGUUGGCUGGACCUAUCGAUGUCGGCGACGGCCAAGGCAGGGAUGUCAUAAUACGAUACAUGACGGAACUAGAAACAAAUGGUCUCUUCUACACCGAUUCUAACAGCAGGGAAUUGAUGGAAAGGAAGAGGAAUUAUAGGCCUACCUUUGAGUUCACCGAUGGGGAACCUCAGGCUGGUAAUUAUUAUCCAGUGACGAGCAGGAUUGUACUGAAAGAUCACGACAAAGGCGUCGAAUUUGCUGUUAUCACCGACAGACCAGAAGGAGGAUCUAGCCUGAAUGAUGGUCAAGUGGAACUGAUGGUUCACAGGGCUCUUCUUAGAGAUGAAUUUGGCGAACACUUGUAUGAAAUGGAAUAUGGUACAGGACUAGUCGCUAGGGGUUCUCAUUAUAUUACUUUUGGGCCAACUAACAGUGAGGGGUCCAAAUCUCAGGCUUUCACUCAAAGAGACCUUGCUGUGAAGAAACACCAAAUUCCAUUGGUAUUCUUUCCUCACGGUGACGUCCCUAUUGGGCCUAUAUCUUUCCUUAAAGGAGAACUGCCUGAAAAUGUCAGACUGCUGACGUUGCAAAAGUGGAGCGACGAUGAUAACAAAUACCUAAUAAGACUGGAACAUUUCUUGGAGAAAACUGAUGACGCUGAGUUAUCCAAAGAAGUUACAGUUGAUAUCGAGAGUUUAUUUACAACUCUGAAUAUCGUUUCACUAGAAGAACGGACACUAAACGGUAUAACUCCUCUGGAAAAAGUGACUAGAUUACAAUGGCCCCAAGUUAACGAAGAAGUUUCUGGGAUUCUUAGCAGAAAGGGUAGAAUUAUGAGGGAUCCUACCGACUUGAAAAUCACUUUGGCUCCGAUGCAGAUUCGAACCUUCAUUGCCACAAUAAAUUAAGAAAUAUUUAUUGUUAUUCCAUUAAAACAUAAAAUUUUGAUGAAGGA